GCGGCUACUUAAUCAUGAUCUAAUAUUUGUUCUUUAAGGACAUAUAAAAGGGAAAGGCAAUCGAAAAUGAAAGUUAAUACUGAUUGACUGAUAGUUUAGGGUGAGGUGAAAGACUACCUUAGGAUUACAUAUUGUGGAUAAAAUGCUGAAGGUAAUUUUGGUAGCAGGUCUUCUUACUGUGGCAUGGGGCAAAGGAUACCCACCGUACAAAACUACAGAUGCGGAUGAGUAUGGUUUAAUAAAUGAAGACAUAUUAAAAAAUAGACAACCAGUUCAUCAAGUCCAAGUUGCUGUAGAGUAUGAUGACGAUGACAGUAAAAAAUAUGAUCUUCAAGCAGAUGAUAAUCCACAACCUCAAAUGUAUGAACAAAAGUCGAUAGAAAUCUUCCCGAAGCGCUCGAAAGAACCAAAAAGUAGCAUAAAGCUUGGGGAAAAACAAGGUAAUUAUAAAGGAACUGAUUCAACAGAAGAAAUUUCCCAGAAAAAAUUAAGUUACCAAGCCGCAAAGGUCAGCCAAGAGAAAAUUGAGGUAAAAUCUCUUACUCGCAACUAUGCAAGUAGGCUGCCCAAUGAACCUAAAGACACGUAUAAUGUUUAUAAAUCAGGAAGCCAUGUAACUUCUAAGAAUACAGCCAGCCAAAAGCCAAUAGAGUAUUCAAGUCAUAUAGGACAUAGCGAUUAUCCAAGCUUCAGUCAUGACAGGCAAAGAACAAAAAUAGAGAAUCCGUAUCAUCCAAAAGGUGGUGAUGUUUCAACGGGGCAGCAAUAUGUCGAUGUCAGUUUUAAAGAUCAUUCUGAACCUCCAAUAUAUGGAAGCGCCAAACUUAGUUCUCCGCAGCAGCAUCAACAUGUUUCUUAUGAAACAGGAAUUCGUCCAGGUAAAUAUGGAAGCAGUGGCAUAUAUGGAGGUAUGUAUAAAAUGAAUAAAGGAGACUAUAAAAAUGUUAUGUUAGGAAACAAUGCAAAAUAUCCUAGUCCUUUAUCACAAAUUCAAUCUAGCUAUUUAGAAGAACCUAAAUUUUACAAUGAAAAUUCUAGAGGAAAUUUGGGUGUUGCGAACCAUGAAGGAUUACGAGGACAGUAUAACUACCAGGGUCUAAGUAGAGGAUUGGGAGCACAGCAAGACUAUCAAGAUGUAAGCGAAGGAUUAGGAAGACAGUAUGGCAAUCAGGGUUUAAGUGGACUGUCAUCCGGUUAUUCAAAAGCAAGAGAAGUAGAUAGUGGUCUUAAAUCUUACAGAUCAUACCCCCAUAGAGCUAGAAGUGAUAAUGCAUUGGGACACCAAGGUAUAACUGCUUUUAAAUAUCCAAAUUCAUUGGGCGGUAGUGGUGUAGAAUAUGGGGGAAUAGGAAGUACAGCUGGCUUCAGAUAUGGUGGUGGAGUAGCCGUAAAUCCCAAAUACGCUCAGAAUCAAGGCACAGGAGGCAAUGCAAAUUAUCAUGAAUUCAAAAUUACGAAAUCCUCCUCAUCUCAUGGAAUUUCAGGCAAUAAGGAAUUAGGCGUUUAUGGUUCAGAGCUGCAGAGUGGCGUUCAUUACAAAGGAACUGGAAGCACAUCUGGGAAACAUUUGACAAAUGAUGGCUUUAAAUACCAUGGUGGAACCAGUAGCUUUGGAAAUCCCGGUUCUUCUAUAUACUCUGGAAUCAAGCCUAGAAAUGAUGCUAGAAAUUACGGAAUUGGAAAAAGCAGUGAAUUAGCAUAUGGUAAUAUUGAAAAUAUAGGCGGCUCUCAUUUGACUCAAAAGAAUUAUGGUAUCGGAUCACAAAGAAUCAAAUAUUCUCACGAUGAAAUCGGGAAAUCUGGAAUACAUGGAGGAGCAGGUACAGCUGGUUAUUUGGCUGGUGCACCUACUUUAAGUACUGGAGUAAAUUCAGGAUAUUAUAAAACUGAUACGAAUGCACAAUUCAGUAGUUAUCCCCAUCAAGGUUCCGUAAAAUCAGCUGGUGGAAAACCACACAACAGUGGAUAUCUUGGAUUACCAAAAGAAUAUCAAGGUAUUGGGGGACUUAAACAGAGUGACAAUAAGCAUCAGCAAAGUUCGGGAGUUGCAUCAGUGCCUUAUGCAUCAGAACAAAGCGGAAAACCUACAGGAAAAGGAAGCAGUGUUCCUUCAAAUUACCACAUGAAAAGUGAAUCUCCUACUAUAGGAGAAACAACCUAUUCAGACAAUAAAGGCUAUCGUCCAAGUUAUGAACCCAAAUUAAUUCAAGUAGAGCAAAAGAAAAUUCCAUCUUCUCAACCAAAAGCUCUUAGUGUGAGUUCAUCUCCUUCAGUGCAACGUGUAAAAGGAAGUCCAAAGAAAGACGAUUCUGAAUACCAAGGCAUCGGGGAAAUUAAAUAUGAACCAGAAUCAAAAGCUAGAAAUGAAUAUUCUCCAGCUUCAACACAAUCGAUAGGGAAAGGACAAUCAGUAAAAGGUGGUUCUACUAGUCAAAGUGUUAAAGGUGGCUCUAAAUCUGAAUAUGGUAUUAAUAAGGGAAAAAAAUCCCAAAGUCAAUAUUUACCUAUCACAGCCGUAAGUUCAGGCGUAUCAAAUGAAAAGCCUUCAAAACGUCAAUAUGCAGGCAUCAAAGGUGCAGAUAAAGCUCCUCAAAUCGAACAAAAAGAGUUAGUUUAUGAAGCAAUCCUUGGUGGACCCGGAAGUCGCAAUCAGGCUCAUGGUUCAGGUGGAUAUGGUUUCUAUCCAACAGAAGAUGCAGCCAAUCCACCAAGUAGUGCUACUGGAUAUGAUGAAAAUCACAAACCUAUGCCAUAUGAGUUUAGCUACAAAGUAAACGAUGAUGAGCAUGGUGCAGAGCAUUACAGACAAGAGAAAAUGGACGACAAUGGUUAUUUGACUGGCAGUUAUGGUUACAAAGACGCCCAUGGAAUUUACAGGCACGUAGAUUAUCAGGCUAGCAAAGACGGUUUUAAGGCUAACGUCAGGACUAAUGAACCUGGCACAGAUAAUGAAGAUCCUGCUGACGUCCAUUUUGAAGUCGAGAAGAGCAGUGGCUCAUAUUAGAAUCAAAACUCGUCGCUAGUCCAAGGUCUGUAAACCAGAUUUGCAAAUACGUAUCAAUGUUCGCGUCCUCCAAGAUUUUCUGUAAUGUAAAGAAAGUGGAAUACGCUGUUUUGCUCGUCAAUACGGGAUUUUUUUAUUUAUUAUGUACAAUAUUGCUUGUGAAUAUGCAUUUCAUGCCUAUCAUUUUUAAGAAAUAAAGCUCAUUAUAUAUCA